AUGGCUGCGAACCUCCGGUGCACCGGGACUCGCACUGAUAACCAGAACAAAUACGAGGACGUAGGAUCGGACGGAACGGCGAUGGACGGCCGCGGCAGGAUGAAGUUUAGGAAGCUCUUUCGCAGCCGAAUGUCGCGGGCCGUCGUUUCCGCUACGAAACUGAUGCAGUGCACCAGGAAGCAGGCGACCAGAGUCAGAAAAUGCAUGUGUCUACCGUCUAAUUACGCCCUCGUUGAAUUCCCCGUGGUCUGGGCCGAGCUCAGGGCGAACCAGCAGCUGUGCGACGGUGCGAUCAGGUGCGCCAGGGACAACGUUUUCCCAGUGCAUCGUGCAAUUUUGUCCGCCGUCAGUCCGUACUUCAAGGCGCUCUUCACCGACAGCUUGAAAGGCGGGAAGACAGAGACAACCGAGGUCGCCAUCGAUUCCGUUCCCGGCGAAAUUUUCAGUCUGAUUCUCGAUUACGCUUACACUGGCACGUGCAGCGUCAACGCGGACAACGUGGAGCAAUUGCUACCCCUGGCUGAUCAAUUCGAGGUCCUCGGCGUCGUCCAGUUCUGCUGCCAGUUUCUCCUGCAGGAGCUGAGACCCGAGAAUUGCUUAGGUAUCUUUAAAUUCGCCCGUCACUAUUUCUGCCACGACCUGGAAGAGAAGGGCCGCAAGUACAUUCGUCAUCACUUUAAGCGGAUACUGCAAGAGAGCACGGAAUUCAAAGAGCUCACCAGCGACGAACUCGAGGCGAUACUACGUGACGACGAGCUGAACGUUAAAAGCGAGGAAAUAGUUUUCGAGGCCGUUAAAACCUGGACGGAGCACAACGUCGAAGAAAGAAAGGCCUGUUUACCGAGACUCUUGAAAUGCGUGCGCUACGGUUUGAUGAGCUACCCGUUUUUCACGAACAGUGUUCUCGCGUGGAGGCUCGUCGAGGAGGAUGAACAAUGCCAGCAAGUGGUCAUCCAGGCGAACGCGUACUUGAGCGAGCAGGAGGCAAGGCAAGGCGUCGGUGAGGUCGACCUGAAGAACCCUCUAGCUAGGCCGCGUAUCCCCUACGAGAUCCUCUUCGUCAUCGGUGGCUGGAGCGCCGGUUCGCCGACGAACUUCGCGGAGACCUACGACACGAGAGCUGACAGAUGGUUUCUAUCAGUGAGCACGGACGCAACGCCGAGGGCCUACCACGGAAUCUGCGCUCUGAACAAUCUCAUCUACAUGAUCGGCGGCUUCGACGGCAACCAGCACUUCAACACGGUCAGAUGCUUCGAUCCGCUCACCAAGGAGUGGCGUGAACGAGCGUGCAUGUAUCACGCCAGGUGUUACGUCAGCGUUUGUACUCAUGGAGGGAAGGUUUACGCUCUCGGCGGCUUCAACGGCCGCACAAGGAUGAGCUCCGGCGAACGAUACGAGCCGCAGAGGAAUCAAUGGGAGAUGAUACCUCCGAUGCAUCAACAGAGGUCAGACGCCAGCGCUGCAGCCCUGCAGGACAAGAUUUAUAUCGUCGGCGGUUUCAACGGCCGCGAAGUUCUGAAUUCCGCAGAGGUCUUUGACGUGGAGACCAAUCAAUGGAGUUACAUUCAUCCGAUGAUCAAUCCCCGAUCCGGUGUGUCGCUGGUUGCAUUUCGCCACAGUCUCUACGCUCUGGGAGGAUUCGACGGACUCACCAGGCUCAGUUCUGGGGAACGUUACAAUCCGAAUCACUCAGAGGACUGGCACGCUGUGCCAGAAAUGUUCUGUCCUAGGAGCAACUUCGCCACGGUCAUUCUGGACAACAUGAUUUUCGUCGUAGGUGGAUUCAAUGGUUCCUCGACGAUCGCAUACGCAGAGUGUUACGACCCGGACAGCAAUGAAUGGUACGACUCAUCGGCAAUGAAUCUUAGUCGAAGUGCCAUAAGUGCAUGCGUUAUCGCUGGUCUUUCGAACGCACGCGAGUACUCCUACCACAGCAAAGCUCGAGAUCUUGGUCAAGGGCAAGCGUCAUCCGAAAAUCAGGAGAAAAGCAAUCAGGGAGGUGAAGGAGCAGUGGAAUCGAAUGGGACCACUUCUGUCGAAGACGAUGAAGCUGUGACCUUCGAGGACCACGUUCAAGGAGAGGUCAGUGCCGUGAACGAAAUGGCUGGAGGUGGUGGCAAUUUUUUAGGAUAAUUCCCACGGUUUAAUUGCCUAGAAUUUAAAAAAAUUUACAGAAAAAAAUAGGAUCGUUUGCGAUAGAUGGUAGAGACACGAAUGCUCGGUAUUUGUGCAGCACCAUUUCGUAGCAAAUAUUCUUAGAAAAUUGUAUAUUGUUUUAAUUGAUUAUCGAAAUCUUCUCUGGCUUGUAGACAUCUUGAGUCUCAAAUUAAAUGCUGGUGCAGGAUACGGAUGCAUUCGUGUAGAAACGAAUUAAGCGUUAAUUCAAGCAAUGUCGUUUUCGUGCCUGCCAAUAUAUUUGACCGUAAGGGAAUAAAAGGGUCACCGUGCGUUUAAGAGCUUCAAAUAUGACACAUUUUGCAAGCUGAAGUCUUUUUUUUUAUAAUACGUUUUAAAGAAAAUUGUCGCGUGAAACACUACGCGGAUUUUAACCGUGAACGAGUCUUUCAAUUUUAACUAAAUCGAUUUUUUCUAAGGGGUUUUAUUACGCAUUCUUUAUUUA